UAGGAAAUCCCAAGCACACUCUUUCGUCUUUCCCUUGUCAAGUCUACAAUGCCCAGAAAUCAUCUUUCUGCCUUUUCUCAUUCCGUUGUCUUUCUAUAUAGAAUAGAAUAGUAAUCGAAAUCGUAAUCGAAAUCCGCUUAAUUAUCUUGUUUGCCCUAUGAAAUGGGAAGUAGCAGUGGAAGCGAUGUGGAAGCAGGAUUCGCCAAGCUACAAGGCGAAGAUUUCGAGUAUUACAUGCAGACAUACUCCAUAAUCCUCGGCCGCAACUCCAAGAAGUCAACCGUCGAUGUUGACUUAUCCUCUCUCGGCGGUGGAAUGAACAUCUCGCGUCACCACGCUCGUAUCUUCUACGACUUCCAACGACGUCGUUUUGCUCUCGAAGUGUUGGGGAAGAACGGUUGUUUCGUUGAAGGUGUCCUCCAUCUUCCUGGUAAUCCACCGGUGAAACUUGAUUCACAGGAUUUACUUCAGAUCGGAGAUAAGGAGUUUUAUUUCCUUCUUCCAAUUCGCAGUAUCUUAGGUGGACCAAUUGGGCCUAGACAUCAUGUGAAUGUGAACUAUCCAGCCGGGGGUUCUCCUAUGGUGCCGCAUCAUCAUCAACAUCAUCAACCGCAUAUGCCCUUGCCUCCGCCGGUGGGUUAUAGUGGGGCUGGGAAAAAGGGUUUGUUAAGAGGGAGGGAGUAUUAUGAGGAGGAGUAUGAUGAUGAUGAUGGUGGGGAAGCUGGUUCUGGAACUAAGAAGAUGAGGAGAGGGGAUGGUAUUGAGGGUGGUGGGUAUGGAUAUGGCUCUGGUGGUUCUAGUGGGAAGAUUGCGGUUCCUGCGCAUCUGGAUAAGAAGAUAGACGGAAGAUCACGUAUUGAAAGAGAUGCUGACAACCAACAGCUGAUGCAGUUAGAAGAGAAGGACGUUGUAUCAUCUGUAGCAACUGUGCUUUCUGACCUCUGUGGUCCAGGAGAAUGGAUGCCAAUGGAGAAGCUUCAUGCUGAGUUGGUGGAACACUACAGCAAUACCUGGCACCAUAGUCGUGUGAGGAGAUACUUGACAUCUGAGGACUAUCCUAGCGCUGAAGCUAAAUCAAAGCCAUGGUAUGGAUUGCUGAUGCUUUUAAGAAAAUACCCAGAGUAUUUUGUCAUCAAUACGCGUUCCAAGGGACGGGUGACUUUGGAGUUUGUUUCUCUCGUCUCACUUCUUUCGUGAAAGCUUUAUAACAUCUCAGCCACAUCGUUUGUAAAUUAAGCUUUAAGUAGGUUGUGAAGCAACACUUGAAAAAUUUCCAUCUGG